AUGGAGGUGAAUCUACUUUAUUUUGCGGUCGCGGUCGCCGUUAUCGCGUACAUCUACCAUUUGUUGACCAGAGAUCAUGAUUACUUCCUCGGUAAACCAAUCCCUUCGUUGGCGGCUAAACCACUGCUUGGCAACACCGCUGCUCUGACGCUGAGGCAGUCAUCUUUCAGUGAUCUAGUGAAAACGUUAUACGAUAAAUUUCCCGGAGUGCUCGUCCAUAGUCGAAGGGUGUUUGGUAUAUUCGACACUCUGACACGCACAUUUGUGAUUCGAGACCCUUACCUGAUCAAAAAGAUAGCGGUGAAGGAUUUCGAGUACUUCAUCGACCGGCGAGCGUUCUUUGGCGAAGGCGACGAUGACAACGAAGAUUUGCUCUUCAGCAAAACCCUUGUGGGCUUGCGUGGUCAGAAGUGGCGCGAUAUGCGAGCCACGCUUAGUCCCGCGUUUACCGGAAGCAAGAUGCGGGCGAUGUUUGAGCUGAUGGUGAAAUACAUCCACGGGAUGAUUGAUAUUUUGAGGAAAGAAGCGGCCGCAGUGGGAUUCAUCGAGCACGAAGUAAAGGAUCUGUACUCACGAGUAGCAAACGAUAUUAUUGCGACUUGUGCCUUUGGACUGCAGGUAGAAUCGUUACAAAGUCGUGAAAACGAGUUCUACCUAAAGGCCAAAGAGAUGAUGGGCUUCAACAGCAUAAUUGUGUUUUUGCGAAUGAUGGCCAUUAGGAUUUUCCCGAAAAUUACGACUAAGCUGGGAAUCGAUGUUAUCGGCAGGGAACAUAUCCGGUACUUUUGCAAGAUUAUCAGGGAUGCGGUGCGAACGCGGGAGGCCCACGGAAUCGUUCGACCGGAUAUGAUUCAUCUGUUAACACAAGCAAGAAAGGGUCUCUUGGAGCAUCCGCAGGAGGAAACGGAAAUCACCGAGGGUUUCGCAACGGUCAAUGAGUCGGAUGCUACAAAGGUUGCCUCGAACAAAAAGAUGACCGAAAUCGAGCUCAUCGCGCAGUGUAUGAUUUUCUUCUUCGCUGGAUUCGACACCGUGUCCACGGAAAUGUUGUUCAUGUCAUAUGAACUGGGCCUCAAUCCGGAUGUUCAGCAGAAACUAUACGAAGAAAUUCUGGAAACGAACAGUCAGCUGCAGGGCGAACCCCUAACGUAUGAUGUUCUGCAGAAAAUGAAGUACAUGGAUAUGGUCGUAUCGGAAACCUUGAGGAUGUGGCCUGCACCGGCCGUUGAUCGACAAUGCCUUUGCGAUUACACCUUAGAUGAUGGCGAGGGACUCAAGUUCACCAUCGACGAAGGUGCGUGCGUGUGGAUUCCGGUACACGGCAUCCAUCGGGACCCCAUGUGCUACCCAAAUCCGACCAAAUUCGAUCCGGAACGAUUCAGCGACACCAACCGGGUCAACAUCAACAUGGACGCAUAUAUGCCAUUCGGUAUUGGACCAAGAAACUGCAUCGGAUCGAGGUUCGCACUGAUGGAAAUGAAAGUGAUUAUGUAUCAGCUGUUGCUGCAUUUCAGCCUCGAGAGAACCGAGCAGACCCAGGUACCGCUCCAGCUACUCAAGGGUUUGCUGGGAUUGGGUACUGAGAAAGGGGCGCAUCUACGGUUGAGGUUGAGACAGUGAUGGAUUAUGUUUUCUAU